AUGAGGAAAGUGGUAGUGGUCGACGGUACGUUUUUACAUGGAAAAUACAAAGGUACACUACUACUCGCCACCACGCAAGAUGGAAACUUCAACAUUUUUCCCAUAGCCUUUGCUGUUGUUGAUACUGAGAACGAUGAGUCUUGGGAAUGGUUUUUUACACAACUACACCGUGUUAUUCCUGAUGAUGAAGGACUUGCCAUUAUUUCUGAUAGGCAUAAAUCCAUAGGAAAUGCUAUAGGGAAGAUUCAAGAGGCAAAUCCUGCACUGCAUGCAUACUUGGUGAAGGCAGAUAUUUGUAUGUGGAGUCGUGUACACUUCCAAGGUGAUAGGUACAAUUUCACCACUAGCAACAUAGCGGAGUCAUUAAACAAGGUGCUAUCUGCUGCAAGAGGUAAGCCUAUCGUACGACUAGUGGAUGAUAUAAGUCUCCUGACCAGGUGGUUUGCUAAAAGACGUGUGAAUGCCAAUAACAUGGCUACCACUCUAACAACGGGCAUUGAAAAGUUGCUGGAGGCUAGAGUUGAAGAUGCUAAACUCUUACCUGUGCAAGAGAUUGAUCAGCAUCGUACAGAGGUUUUAGGCACAACAUCUGCACAUGUUGUCAAUUUAACGGAGAAAACAUCGUAUGCUGUUAGUGUGAUGCCAAGAGACGUAGCACUCCCUGUGCCAGAUGAAGUAGCAACCAAAAUUUGUCUCCCGCCUGAUGUUCGCAACCGACCCGGCAGGCCAAAGAAAAUUCGGAUUAAGGGUGCGUUCGAGGCCGCCAUGGCGAGUAAACGUCCUCGGAAGAUCCCCAAAUGUGGUAACUGUGGCCAAGGCGGACAUAAUCGCCUAACUUGUCGAGCUUAG